AUGGAUGAGGGCUCCGAUAAGGCCCCUCGGCGGAAGAGGGUGUCGAGGGCCUGCGACCGGUGUCGCAGUAAGAAGGAUAAAUGCGAUGGAAUCCGUCCCACUUGCUCCGCAUGUCAAGCAUCCGGCCAGCCCUGCUCAUACGAUCCCCAUGCGAAGAAGCGCGGUCUACCAGAGGGCUACGUGCGCGGGUUGGAGAAACUAUGGGCGCUCUCCAUGUGUAAUAUCGAUGGGUUCGAAGACACCAUGCUGGCCAUGCUAGGAACCACCGCAGAGUCGGCAGGCCGCCGGGAAAAGUUAAUGUCAGUCUGGUCGGAUGACGGCUCGUCGGAGAGCUUGCACGAAACCUGGAAAACGAGUCGUCUGUAUAGCGCAUUGGAGAAAAUGCUAUCGAACCAGGAAGCACCUCUCACAACGGGCAAACGAUCGCGCAACCCGCAGGAUGAUCCACUAGAAGGACCGGAUGGAAAAUGGGGAUUUCGAGUGGCUCGAGACUCGACACCGUUGGGGCCUGAAGCACCACGGAUCAUCGGACCAGCCAUUGGCUCGCCAAAUGCGAAACGAGCCCGAAUGGCACAGGGGUCAAACGGUCGGGACGUGUCGCAGCCUGGAAGUGGGCCUCAUACUCUACAAUUACCCCCGCAAACAUCACAGCUCCUCGAUAUCUACUUUGCCACGACUCACUCGUGGUUCCCAACCGUCGCCAAACACAACAUCCUCCGCGCGUCCUACCUAUAUGCAAAUGCCCCAUUUUCCGUCGCGACGACUUCUCCAGGGUCUGGCGAUCAUGCUGCGUUGUGGGCAAUCCUUAGUUAUACCAUCACCCAAUCUCCAGCGACCACCCGAGUGAAUCCUACUGGAGCGGUCUCUUUAGCUAAAGAGUACUAUACUGUAUCUCGAAAUCUCAUCCCAUCGGAAAAAGAACGCUACGAACUCGGCCAUAUCCAGGCGUUGUUGCUAUUGAGUUUGGUCAAUAUCGGCCUUGAAGAUUGGACGGCUGCAUGGCUACUGAGCGGCCAAGCAGUGCGCAUGGCCAUUGCAAUGGGCCUGGGUGCCUUUGCUGAUACUCGUCGCUCCGAUGAAUUGCGGCAGGGUAAAGCAGUUUUCUUAGGCUGCUUUGUCAUUGAUUCCCUGCUGUCAUUCCGACUUUCCCGCUGCCCGGCCAUGUCCUCGAAUGAUCUAGCAAAUGUUGGGUUGCUGGAAGAGGAUGGACUGGAGGAGUGGAAUUCAUGGGUGGACGUGCUCCCCCCGACGGGAGUUCCACAUGGUAAGAAUCCUCCACGAAGAGGACCAUUAUUGUCUCUAAGCUGCUUCAAUCGUUUGGUCGAGUUGGCUAGUGUGCUCAACAAGACAUCUCGGAACCUGUCCAUGGGAUACAAGGCGCCCAAUUUUGCCCAGCAGUUGGUGAUGGACCUGAAGCAGUGGGAUGAUGGGUUGCCGCUGGGAUGUCGACUGAUUGGACCGGAAAGCAUCUACCCCGAACGACAUUCAGCACUGCUACCGCAUCAGAGCUACUUGGGAUUGACAUAUGUUGCUACGUUGCUUUGGCUGUAUCUACGCCUUAUUCCCGGAGAGCAAGGUCUCCAUCGGUCACAGCGUCCAGCCACUGAAGGUGCAAAGAAACUCCUUUAUCGUGGCCUUUCGAUGAUCUCUCAGCAUCUGGAAAACUUCCCCAUGUGUGGGCUGCCGCCUAUUUUCGAGUUUGGCUUGCGUACAAUCUCCGAGCAAGCGUUUUCGUUGCGACAAACUGUGGACUCGUCGGAUACUUUCCCCUUCUCUCGCUGGGCCGAGGAGUUCCGUCAAAAGACCACGGUGUUGACUGCCAGUUGGCCGGUAUAUGGCUCGAUGAUAUCCUCGAUGGAUCGCUGGCAGAAGCCCAACAAUGUUCCCGUCGCACCGCAACCAUAUCCUGGGAACACGACUUCUUUGCUAGCGGGAGCCACCUCCAUGCAUGGGGCCAUGCAGCCUCCAGUCAUGGCUCACGGCUUACCCCCGCAUGAUCAAGGAAGCUAUGCAUCAUCCAUCCUGGGAAUAAGCAUCCCUGCCGAUGGACAAUCGUUGACGCCCAAGGAUACGGUCAUGGAGAAUACCGAGAUGGCUAUGAUGGAUCCGUCGGUGCAGCAGUCGAUCCUCCCCACAGACAAGGUCACGCCUCGCAGUGGACCAGACCAGUUGUUUGCACCUGGAAGCGCCCAUGCACAACCUCAUACCCCCGACUCGUCCAUUUCCAAUCCCAUGAUGGCCGGUAACGCUCCUACCAGUGAACGAUCCGUCUCGACCAACGACCACAUGCAUUUCAAUCCCGCAGGCACGGGUGAUCUCGAUGCGAUUUUCAAGGAUUUAGCAUACCUGGACACGACCGAGUGGUCCAACAACCGCGAGGCAGGCCUCAAGGACUUUGGGUUCUUGGAUGAUAGUACUUUCCAAGCCUUCUGCCACGAUCCCGACCGUCUGGUGGGAUCUCAGCCCUUGGUGCAUCCGCCAUCGAUUGCGGAUAUUUGGCCACCGCCAGGAUUCUUCCCUGAAACCUUCCAAGAGGUUCCCGAGAAGGCCAUGAACGGGUGA